AUGAUAGCGAAUAAAGUGACAAGGAUGUGUGCGGAGUUCUUCGAGAAGAAUCUUCCGAAGAGUGGGAAGCCGGUAAGUGAGCGCGAAUGGACAGUUUUAUGUGGGAUUGUGAGGGAAUUGGAGGGAAAGAUGGAAGUUGUGGCAAUGGGAACAGGGACAAAGUGUAUAGGGGCUGAUCAGAUGAGUGAAUCCGGGGACAUUGUCAAUGAUAGUCAUGCGGAGAUUGUGACAAGGAGGGCUUUUUUGAGGUAUUUAAUGGAACAGAUGGUGUUUGCGCGGGAAGGGGAACAGAGUAUCUUUGAAUUUGGGAAGGAAUCUGGGAAGUUUUCCUUGAGGAAAGGAUGUAGGUUUCACUUCUUCACGACGCAUUCCCCAUGUGGCGAUGCUAGUAUUUUUCCGUUGAGCUUGGGUAAGGAGGAGGAGGAUUCUGAGCCAGUGGCGAAGAAGUUGAAGGUUUCCCAGGAAAACUUCACAGGGGGCAAAUUGAUUGGGAGUCUGGUGGAUGAUCCUAUGGAUCAGGCAGUGGGAUGUGUAAGAACGAAGCCUGGUCGAGGUGUUGCAACACUUUCGGCUUCGUGCAGUGAUAAAAUGGCAAGAUGGUGUGCAUUGGGUGUUCAGGGUGGCUUACUGAUGAAUAUCCUGACCUCGCCCAUUUAUUUCUCCACGCUCAUUUAUCCCCAAGACGCGAUUUAUGACAGAGAAGCCACCGAACGUGCACUCUGGGGUCGUUUUACAAAUCAUCAAGAUAUCCCUUCGGACACCUUCAAGCUCCAUUGUCCGGAAGUGCACGUGGCAACGGAAAAGACAGGGUUUUCCUUUACAAGACACCCCCUGCAUGAGCAGUGUCAACCAUGUCCGGCCAGUGUGGUGUGGUGUCGUGUCCGGCACCGUCCGCAUGAGGUGGCUGUGGCAGGAAAGCGUCAAGGUGUCACGAAGAAGAAGCUAAAAACACCCGCUGCGAGGCUAUUAAUUGCCAAGAGGUCCCUAUUUGAGCACUACAUGUCUACAUUUGCACAUCCCAUUGCCACGGUUCAGGAUUUAUUGUACCAAGAGGCGAAAGAUAAGGAGUACAGGGCAGUGGGACAAUGGCUAAAGGAACAGUAUUUCCGUGUUUGGCCUAGAAAGGGUGAGAAUUACCUCAAAUUCACCUGCAAAGAUUAA